AUGAAUCAAGAGCUUCAAAGAAGAUAUGAAGAGAAAAUUUUUGAAUAUGAGGAACAUAUCAAAAGUUUACAGGGUACAAAAAAUGAAUAUAGAGAAUUGAUUAAUACUCUUUCAGAAUUACCAAAUACAUUACAACCUAAAAUUAUGGUACCACUUGGCAAAUUAGCAUUUUUUGAAGGAAAUAUUAAGAGUACCAAUGAAAUUUUAAUAUUAUUAGGUGAUAAUUAUUUUGCAAAAAGAUCCACUAAACAAACUAUAGAUAUUAUUCAAAGAAGAGAUACCGAUAUUAAUAAUAAUAUUAAAGAUUUAAAUGAACAAAUUUUAGCAUUAAAACAAAGAGCGACACUUUCAUCAGAUUUAGCAAAAUCAGUUCUUGAAAAAGAAUAUGAAAAUAUCAUUGAGAUUAAAGAAGAUUAUGAUUCAGAUGAAGAAAGAGAGUUGGAAAAGAAGAGGGAAGAAAAAAUCGUUGAAAAACAAAAGCAAAUUGAAAGGGAGCAAAAAGAAAAAGCAUCAAAAGCACCAACCAAAGAAUCAAUUGCAAAAGAUAAACAAAAGAAACAAGAAAGUGAUAGCGAUUUUGAUAAAAUGUUAAAGAGAUUAGAGUUAUUAGAAACCAAAGAAAACAACAUGGGCGAAGAUUAUGAUGAAGAAGAUUUCAAUAAAAAAUUCUCUAAAGGUGUAAAUUUGGAUCAAGAUGACAAUGAAGAUGACGAAGAGGGUUACAAGUACUAUGGCGACAACAAUAACAAUGAUGAUGAAGACGAAGUUGAAAUCGAAGAGUAUGAAGAUAAUGAAGAUAACGAAGGCGGAAGAAAUAAAGGAAAUAGAAACAAAGAGGGGGAUUAUAUCGAAGGUGAAUAUUAUAACGAAGAAGAAGGAUACGAAUAUUAUGACGAAAAUGGAAACUUAGUAGAUAUAAAUGAUCCAAAUGUAGAAUAUAUUGAGGAAGAAGAGGAAGAUGGUGAUAUUGAAGAGGAAGUUGACUUUAAUGACAACGAUUUAGAAGAAAUGAGGGAUUUCCACUUUGAUAAAACAGGUCACGAUUUAACAGAAAAAGAAGUUAAAGAAUUAAAAGAGUAUUAUAACGAAAAAAAGAAAAAGAGAAUUUCAUAUAUUGACACACCACAACCACCAACACCACCAUUAGAACCAACUGAUAAGUUUAAACCAAAAUCAAUUUUAAAAACAAGUAUUAAUAACAAUUCCAAUAAUAGCAAAAACAAUAGUAAUAAAGUAUUUACAUACGAUGAAAAUGAUGAAAAUGAUCCAAGAAGGUAUAUUAAAAAUUUAGAAAAGCAAGAAUUAUUUAAAACAAAUAAAACUAUUACUACACCAAAUCCACCUCAAGAUACAGCAUUCUCUGGUGAUAUUAUAGAAAAAGAUACAGAUUUAUUCCCAAUUGAUGAUCCAAUUAAACCACCUGCACCUUCAGUUGCUCCAGCAAAACAAUCAAGAUUUAAAGCAUCAAGACAAAAUAAAUAA